GCGGAAAAAAGUAGCACGAGUAACUACUCUGUACUACACUUCAAUUCAACUCUAAUAUCACAGCUGCGCAUCAAUACAGUUUCGAGCGCAUACCAUUGAAACCCUGCGCAAUUGCUACUGGGUCCAAUUGUCCCUUCAGAUGCAGUAGUCAUGCUGUCCACCUGCGCUCGUCAGCUCCCCCGAGCACCCCUCCGCACUCGAUACCCUCCCACCUGCCAAUCCUCCUGCUACCGUCUAUCCCAGUCUUCGCGACCUUUCUCGUCUACACGGGCUGCGUUUGAUCAGCAGCAAAAUCAUAGAAAAGAGUCUUUCAGAUCAAGAUUAAAUUCUGCUCUGAAGAGCACGAAGAUCGAAUGGAAGCCUAUCCCAAUCGCAUUGGGAGUCACAUUCCUCGGAGCAUUCCAAAUCUAUCGCAUUCAAAGGAGAGAGAAGCAUACCCAGAGCGGAGGCACAGAUAGCCAGGAUGUGGAUAGUCUAGGCACACCGAAGAAGAGGGAGAGGAUCCGACCUAGUGGCCCAUGGUCAGUCCAAUUCUAUGGUUGAUUCUACCUGGAAGCUAAAAAUCUACAGGCAGGUCCAGAUUAUGUCUACGUUGCCGCUGAAGGCACUUUCACGUGUAUGGGGUCGGUUCAAUGAGUUGAAUAUUCCAUAUUAUCUUCGUGUCCCAGGAUUCAAAUUGUACUCCUUCAUCUUUGGUGUCAAGUGAGUUUUUCCACAUCGUCAUAU